AUGGGGCAGAAAGUCAAGGGCGUGAACAGCUGCCAGGUGGAUGAAGGUGACAGUAAAUUGAAAGGCAAACAGAGCGGCCAAGUCCUGGUGCAUAAAAACGAGCUGCAGAGCAAGGGCCUGAAGAGGAUGGCCAGCAGAGCACUACCCUCCACUCAACACUUCCCGGAAGGAGGGGACCCCAGAAAACAGGACAGUGUGCUGUCAUCCGGAAUGGAUUUCCCAGCUGCUUCCAGGCCAGAAGGUCCUGCCUUGCAAGUACAAGACCGUGACCGCCACAUACCAGCCCCGGAUUACCCUCCCCUUCGGGGCUCAGCUGUAGACAAAGCUGAUCAGGAAGAAAAGGAUGGUAUUUCCAAGAGCCAGACUGAGGAGGAGGCCCUGGUGGGAAUUCACCCUAGGGUGGGGGAGCACGGUUUGAACAUGCCCUUCCCCUUGAAGAGAAGCUGGGGUUUGUUAAACGAGGCCGUGGCGACAGAAGUCCUAAGUGUCUACUUUAAAGAAGAGGAUGCUGCUCAGGCCGUGCCCGUGGUUGAUUCGAGAACCGGCUGGGAGGAUGCAUGGCUCCACUGGAGACAGCAGUGGGACAUGGAGGUGGAGGAUGCGGCCGUGGCCGAAGCCCUUGCGGCUUUAGAAGCAGCUUCUGCAGGAGAAGAGGCGGACGGGGCAGAUUAG